CAAUGUGAUUGCUCAUGAACGCUCCCCAUGUUCAUCGUUUCUAUGAAAUUCCCUGAUCUGCACACUCGUGGAAUGUUCGGCUACUCUCUCAUCUGGGUUGCUACUGUGUAGCUAUGUUCUAUCACUCUGUGGAAUGGAUAGCGUGAGCAGUUUGCCUGGACGACUGGAAAAAUCCAUGAAGCGGUCUACUACAAUUCUAGCUAGCUGGACUCUGGCGUCAAGGCAGUCAGGCAGAUACAGAAUAUAAUCAGUUUAAAAUAUUGCAUUAAUCAUGGCUGAUUUUGAGGAAUUCGAAAAACAGCUGAGUGAAAACCGACAGGGUGAGUUCCCAUUUUAUUUCAGCCUUCAAUGUUGGAUGAGUUGCAAUUAUUCUAGCUAACUAGAAGCUUUUAGGUCGCUAACUAACAUUAGCUAGCUCAGUUAGCUAACUAGCAUGCAUUGCUGUGGUUAUGUGGCCAGUUGUCAAGUUAGCUAGCUAGCUUUGCUAGCAGAGCUAGUCCUGCUGUAUGCAGAUGUAGCCUAUUUGACUAGCUAGCUAACUUAACCAUUAGCCACUUCAUUUAUUGAUUAGCAAACAUGGCAUGGCUAUAGUUCGAGUGAAUUAACUAGCUACCUAGAUAAAUUGAUAGUUAGUUAGCUAGUUAACUAGAGCUGCACCAGAUAUCUAGACGCACUCAUUGACCUAUUGCACUAGCCAGCUAGAGCUAGCUAGUUGUUACCAAGAUAAUCAAGCUAGCUAUCCCAGACUGACUGAUCAAUUUCGUUUGCCUAGUCAGCUUGCCGGUAGCUAUAUCUUGGUCCAUAAUAAGCAUCCCACCAGAAUGUUAUGAACUCAGUUUUGGUCAAAUCUAUUCACAUCGCCGGAAGAAGCUUCUGUGUAUUUUACCCCGAUCAAAUGAAGUUUAUGCAAUUAUGUUCAAGAGAUCAUACAAGUUUAUUACAACCCCUCUCUGCAUGUUAGGUAUGUCAGGUGUAUGAUCCGUUGGGCUUAAUGAUGCUGAAAUAUGAUUGUAUAUAGCUACCAAAAGCUGGGCUUAUGUUCCAUCCUUUCUCUUCCCACCUAACGUUACAUAGAGAGAGAGAAGGAGAGACGCAAGAAGAGGAGCGGCAGUAGGUCUCAGAGCCGCAGUGAGAAACAUCGCAGCUGGAGCAAAGACCGGGGCAACCGGAGCCGAGAGAAGCAAAGCCGCAGUCGAGACAGGAAGAGCCGGGAGCGGAGGAGCACCUCACGGGAUCACAAGAAGCACAGGUGAGUCUUCAGCCCCUGGUACCUGGAGCCACUCACUGACAGAAAGCAGCAUGUCAGGUAUACUCAGGUAUUGCCUUUUCAGUGUCAUCUUUGCCAACAAUGAGUCAACAUGUAUUCUGUUUACUCAGCUAUUCUCCACGAAGAACAAGGAAGAAAAGGACCUGCAGAUACUGGGAUGUGCCUCCCCCUGGCUUUGAACACAUCACACCAUUGCAGUACAAAGCUAUGCAAGGUAUCUGUCAGCUUCUCUUUGCCAGUUAAUGUCCCCCUGUGAUGUUCCCCGGCUUCAUUUAAUUCCUGUCAAGUUCAUACAAGUUCUUAAAACUGCAUUGUUGGUUAAGGGCUUGUAAGUAAGCAUUUCACGGUAAGGUCUACACCUGUUGUAUUCGGCACAUGUGACAAAUAAGAUUAGUUUCGAUUUUAAUUGUCAAGAACAGUGCCAGUUACUAAGGUUGUGUGAAGUUUCUCUUACUCUCUACUUUUCCCUUCAGCGGCUGGGCAGAUACCCACAAUAGCCCUGCUGGCAUCAGCUGCCACGACUGGGUUGGCAGUAACACCCACCCAAGUGCCCAUAGUUGGCAGUCAGAUGACUAGGCAGGCUCGACGUCUCUAUGUUGGCAAUAUUCCCUUUGGUGUGACCGAGGUAAACUUCCGAGAGGACUUACAUUGUCUUGCUCAUUGAAGUGACAACAUCGUAUUUCAAGGUAUUUAUGUAGUUACUGUAUGGGUUUCAGCUGUUAUUUUUUCCUUUAUUUAUUUCUGUUUUUAGGAGUCUAUGGCAGAGUUCUUCAAUGCCCAAAUGAGGCUUGCAGGCCUAUCGCAAGCCGUUAGCAUCCCUGUGCUUGCUGUGCAGAUAAAUCAGGAUAAGAACUUUGCAUUCCUAGAGGUAGGUUGCCUUAUGUCCUCUCUCUUCUGUAUAUGUUGGUGUGUAACAUUAGUUGCCUUGCAUAACUUACUUAGAAAGUUUAACUCCCUGUUUGGCAUCUUCCUCUCCAGUUCCGGUCUGUUGAUGAGACCACACAGGCCAUGGCUUUCGAUGGAAUCAUUUUCCAAGGUCAAUCGUUGAAGAUAAGACGACCACAUGACUACCGGCCUCUACCUGGCAUUUCAGAACAACCUGCUUUUCAUGUCCCAGGUUUGUACAGUAGCAACAUGCUUUCUUAGUUAUGUAGUUCACAUUCAUGGCACCAGUAGAUAUCAGCUACAGUACAAGUAUAUUGCAGUUUAACGUGUUUAUUGUCGUUUUUGUCUCUGUAGGUGUCGUGUCCACAGUGGUACCAGACUCCCCACAUAAACUGUUUAUUGGAGGCCUACCCAACUAUCUCAAUGAUGAUCAGGUACUUUACUCAAACAGUAAUUUCACAUUGACAACACAAGCAUACCUUACCCUUCUCAUUUGUAUUACUUUCUUGAACUGGUCACUGAAUUGACAGACUUACAGUAUUCUGUUUUGGUUGGGUGGGGGAGAAGUGACCUUUGUCCUUCACACUUACAACCAUGUUGAGAUCACAGGAGGUUGGUGGCACCUUAAUUGGGGAGAACGGGCUUGUGGUAAUGGCUGGAGCGGAAUCAGUGGAAUGGUAUCAAAUACAUCAAACACAUGGUUUCCAGGUGGUUGAUGCCAUUCCAUUUGCGCCGUUCCAGACAUUAUUAUGAGCCGUCCUCCACUGGUUUAGAUACAGUCAGCUAAAUAAAGCUUAUAGGCACAAGUGAAUAAAAAAAUACUAGGGAGUAACAAUGGGAAUAACGUUUGGCCUAAAGUAGACAGUAUGAACUUAACUGUUGCUGACACUCUUUCCCUGGCCCUCAGGCCAUGGCAGGCUUUAGUAGUGUAGAGAUGCUUAUAAGAACUAACACAUUCAGCACUGACAGCAUUUGCUUCAGUCACACCCUGCAGGUGUGUGAGUGCUUUUGUGCACAGCACAAUGUAUUCCCUACCCAAAGGAGAAGUUGCUGUUUGAAAAACAUUGAAUAAUUUACCUUCAAUUGAAUUACAUAUUCUUGCAGGUUCUGUUUUCAUUGUGUCUACAAUUUGGCCAGUGUUGUAUCGAAAUCAAAAUAUGAAUGUAGUAUUUAUGUCUGAUAUUUGAGAAGAUGCGAGUAACUCCUCAUUUUAUGCAGUUUGCUGUUACACUUCUGUUAGCAAUCAUGAGAUUACAUUUCAUUAGCAUUAUUCAUUAGCAUUAGUUAAUGUGAACACAUUAUUUUUCACUCCAUGAAUCGCUGUAAUGUGUUUGAAUAAAAACUCAGCUAGGGAUUUCAUGACUGAACUAAAUUGUGAAUGUAUAUUUACACAUAUUAUUUAUGCAUAAUCAUCAACCCAGUUUCAAUCUCAUUCACUUGAUUUCAGAAAUAACAAUAGUGUCUCUAUCAGUUAAGUAGUUUAUAGUCACUAAUGGUCCCAUGAAAACAUACUUUUGAAUGGGAUAAAUGCUUGACCACCUGCUUGCAGGGGCUAUAAUUAUAUGAAUAGGUGCAUGAAUAGGCUUGAUUAUCAGUACUCCAGUGAGUGAUAAAUCUUCUUUAUAAAAGUGUAACUGUUCAUCUGUAUGCUAAUUUCUCAUUGUAAGGAUGCUUAUUUGACAAAGGUAAGCAAAGUCCAGUUCAUAAGAUUCAGCGAGAUAACAUAUCCUAGAUUUAGGUUUACACACAAUAUGCAGGCCUGAGUAAAAUUCCUGGUUAAGUCUAAUGGUUGCCAACAACCGUAUUCCAUGAUUCCUCACACCAAACAUAUAUUAAGCCCUGACUGUGCUACAUCUUCACUCCAAGUUCCAGAGAGUUUGGGAAAUGGCAGAGGUCUGCAAUGUUGUUGUGCACUAAAUGAAUUGGAUUCUAACUUUCCAUUCCUCAUGAUUUCUUUCUAAACAGUACCCUGAUUGUACCCUGGUGUUUAUUUUCUUAUUCUUUUUUACUCUUGCAGUCACUGCUACUGCUUUGAUACUCACAGCUCUUUCAUUUUUGUUCCCCCACUUUGUCCCCAGCUAGGGGCCUGUAAGAUCGUUAAGUCUGCGCUCAUAAUUUGUUCAGUAGUACUGAUCUACUGCUGCCAUGCCAACAUGUAACACAAGGCAAGUAAGACAUUCCGUUCCUCCUACGGAUACACUCCUAGCCAGCAGGUUCCCUUCCUGGCUACUCUUUCUCUCUCUCCCAUCACUCUUUUGGAACGCGUUAAGGACCAAAUUAGUUAGGGUUGGGAUAAAAUAAUCAGAUACCCGAUAUGUUAGGUUUUGGGGUGGUUCUCAGCCUUAAAAAUUAAGUUAAGACUGUAUUAAAAAGGUGCAUUUUGUGCCUUAGUGAGUUAGAUGAAGUGAUAUCCAAUCAGUUUACUUUGAUGAUGGGUUCAUCAUUUUGAUGGAUCAGUUGAAGUAGUAAGCAAAUAUAAGUAUUCGAUUUUAUAGCCUGUGCACAAUUUUAUAGCCUGUACACAACCCGUGUUAUUACUGUUUAGUAACUUUAUAUUAUUGUUAAGUAAACUGAAUGUUCUGGUAAAAUAUGAAUAAAAUGCACUGAAAUAAAUACAUUACACAAAGUUUGUUAAUCCAGUACUGUCUGUCUGUGCCUGUUAAUGUUUUUGCCAUGCAGCAAAUCAGUCAUUCAGGGCUCUUUCAAAAACCUUAUAUAUAGUUUCCCUGGAUUAUUGUGGAUUUAGUAUUUGUCAUAAUUAAAUAGUUACUCUAUAAAACACCAGCCAUUGUAUGCAUAUACAAAUUAUUAACAAAUUAUUAACAAACAAUUGAUUUGCUUCGCAAUUAAGCAAUCUUAAUCUCAUCACACUGAAACUGAUACACAUUCUACACAUUUUUUUAUUUUUAAAUACAGAUAUAAGAAACACAUAUUUUGUUUUCUUUGACCAUGUCAUUUAUUGCACUUCUCCAGGCCAUUCACCUUGGUAUGAUUUCUCUCCUCAUGACUAUUAAAUGGAGGCUUAGAAUUCAUUCAGUAGAAUAUGUGGUGGAUUCAUAUUACCCUGCUUAUGCCUCUGCUUGUCUUCAUCUCUUGUGCAGGUGAAGGAGCUCUUGACAUCAUUCGGACCACUCAAAGCUUUCAACCUUGUGAAGGAUAGUGCCACGUCACUGUCCAAAGGUUAUGCCUUUUGUGAAUAUGUAGACGUCAGUGCGACUGAUCAGGUACAGAUGAGCAAAUGCUUUCUCAUGGUUAUCGUUAUCUUGUUUUGGUGUCAAAUCAAUCUUGUUUUUAAAGGUUUAAACGUUUCUGUGUAUGUUUGUCAGGCAGUGGCUGGGCUCAACGGCAUGCAACUAGGUGACAAAAAGCUAAUCGUUCAGAGAGCAAGUGUGGGGGCCAAAAACGCCAAUCCGGUGAGUGCAGUUCCCUUGUGCAUUUUGAAUUGCAAGAAACAAAUCUGAGUAUCAGCAGUCUAAAUAUGCCGUCUGUCUGGCCUGUUUUUCUUCCUCCCCCCUAGACUGCCAUCAUCGAGACCCCGGUGACGCUGCAGGUGCCUGGGCUGCAGAGACUUCAGAAGUCUGGGCUGCCCACAGAGGUGCUGUGCCUGCUCAACAUGGUGAUGCCUGAGGAGCUGGUGGACGACGAGGACUAUGAGGAGAUCCUGGAGGACAUCAGAGAGGAGUGCUGCAAGUACGGCAGCGUGCGCUCCAUCAAGAUCCCCCGGCCCGUCGACGGAGUGGAGGUCCCUGGCUGUGGCAAGGUAAGAGUCUGACCUGAGGUUAUUCAAUACAGCAUGAGACUCUGCUCUUCAAUAUUGUUAAACAUAAGUCAUUGGUCUGAACUAAAUAAAAAACUGUAAUACACCACAUGAAGUAUGAAUUGUUGUUGAAGUAACAUACAGUGCAUUCGGAAAGUAUUCAGACCCCUUGACUUUUUCCAAAAAAAUUUACGUUACAGCCUUAUUCUAAAAUUGAUUAAAUUGUUUUUUUUCCCCCUCAUCAAUCUACACACAACACCCCAUAAUGACAAAGCAAAAACAGGUUUUUAUAAAUAUUUGCAAAUGUAUUCAAAAUAAAAAAAACUAUUCCAUUUACGUAAGUAUUCAGACCGUUUACUCAGUACUUUAUUUAAGUACCUUUGGUAGGGAUUACAGCCUUGAGUCUUCUUGGGUAUGACGCUACAAGCUUGGCACACCUGUAUUUGGGGAGUUUCUCCCAUUCUUCUCUGCAGAUCCUCUCAAGCUCUGUCAGGUUGGAUGGGGAGCGCCGCUGCACUGCUAUUUUCAGGUCUCUCCAGAGAUGUUUGAUCGGGUUCAAGUCCGGGCUCUGGCUGGGCCACUCAAGGACAUUCAGAGACUUGUCCCGAAGCCACUCCUGUGUUGUCUUGGCUGUGUGCUUAGGGUCGUUGUCCUGUUGGAAGGUGAACCUUCGCCCCAGUUUGAGGUCCUGAGCACUCUGGAGCAGGUUUUCAACAAGGCUCUCUCUGUAAUUUGCUCCAUUCAUCUUUCCCUCGAUCCUGACUAGUAUCCCAGUCCCUGCUGCUGAAAAAUAUCCCCACAGCAUGAUGCUGCCACCACCAUGCUUCACCGUAGGGAUGGUGCCAGGUUUCCUCCAGAUGUGACGCUUGGAAUUCAGGCCAAAGAGUUCAAUCUUGGUUUCAUCAGACCAGAGAAUCUUGUUUCUUGAGUCCUUUAGGUGCCUUUUGGCAAACUCCAAGCGGGCUGUCAUGUGCCUUUUACUGAGGAGUGGCUUCCGUCUGGCCACUCUACCAUAAAGGCCUGAUUGGUGGAGUGCUGCUGAGAUGGUUGUCCUUCUGGAAGGUUCUCCCAUCUCCACAGAGGAACUCUGGAGCUCUGUCAGAGUGACCAUCGAGUUCUUGGUCACAUCCCUGACCAAGGCCCUUCUCCCCCGAUUGCUCAGUUUGGCCGGGCAGCCAGCUCUAGGAAGAGUCUUGGUGGUUCCAAACUUCUUCCAUUUAAGAAUGAUGGAGGCCACUGUGUUCUUGGGGACCUUCAAUGCUGCAGAAAUGAUUUGGAACCUUUCCCCAGAACUGUGCCUCAACACAAUUCUGUCUCGGAGCUCUACGGACAAUUCCUUCGACCUCAUGGCUUGGUUUUUGCUCUGACAUGCACUGUCAACUAUGGGACCUUAUAUAGACAGGUGUGUGCCUUUCCAAAUCAUGUCCAAUCAAUUUAAUUUACGACAGGUGGACUCCAAUCAAGUUGUAGAAACAUCUCAAGAAUGAUCAAUGGAAACAGGAUGCACCUGAGCUCAAUUUCGAGUCUCAUAGCAAAGGGUCUGAAUACUUAUGUAAAUAAGGCAUUUCUGUUUUCUGUAAAUUCACAUAUUUCUAAAACCUGUCUUUGCUUUGUCAUUAUGGGGUAUUGUGUGUAGAUUGAUGAGUAUUUUAAUUUAUCAAUUUUAGAAUAAGGCUGUAAUGUAACAAAAUGUGGAAAAGGGAAGGGGUCUGAAUACUUUCCGAAUGCACUGUAUAUACAUUUGCUAUUUGGAUCCUGAUGAGGUUGAUGGUUAUUUUUGUUUCAGAUCUUUGUGGAGUAUGUUUCUGCUGCAGACUGUCAGAAAGCCAUGCAGGCCCUCACUGGCCGCAAGUUUGCCAACAGAGUGGUGGUCACCAAAUACUAUGAUCCAGACAUGUAUCACAGACAGGAGUUCUUA